AUGUUCGAUUCAACAUGGACGUUUGUUUCCUACACCCGCCGCAUCAAAGGAACAGCUGAGCGUACGGAGUACCUACCGGUGAUGUGCCUGUUGCACUCUGUCUGUUGUCCCGAGGCCGGCUUCCUUACGACUGGGCAACAUCAGCUUUCGAUACAUGUACACACUCCACAGUACCUAAUCAUUCCCGCCAUCGACGACCCCGCCUCGCCUUCCCGGCGUCUGCUCUUGCUCUCGCGUGCCCUCGUUGAUUCGCCCAGCUGUUUAGUCACAGGCAUCUACUUGCUGGUUUCUUUCUGCUCGGGGGCUGACGAAAAGUCUGCCUUUCCCAACAUCAAAUCGCGAUACCAACGACCGGACGUCUUCCACCUGCAUUGCGCUGCUUCCGCCAACCCCGACCAUUGA